UUGAUCACACAAUCAUGGGGAUGCUUCAAGGUCAUAGCCAUGAAAAAUGGUCAUAAGCCACUUUUUUUCAGUGCCGUUGUAACUUUGAAUAGUCACUAAACAAACUGUUAUAGAUCAAGGACUACCCUUAGUAGAGGUGGUUGUGUUAUUUUCUUACCACACUAAAACAAAUAAGGGAAGAGCAGUAAUUGAAAAGACAGAGUGCCAUGCAGAUAUUUGCCUGGACAGCACUUUUGCAGACUACUGAAAAUUGGUGACAAUUGUGGAAAAACAUGACAGCUACCAGGUAACUUUCAACAACAAGAUGUGCAGCUGUGAUUUAAAUCUUGACAGGAGGCAACCAAUUAUUAUUUUAAUUGCAAUUAUAGUGCCAGGAAUCAGUGCACAUGAGUUCUUCUUUCAACUGGAUAUUGGAUAUCCAGUGCUUGUUGACCAAAGAUAUGGAGAACCACUUGCGUUUCUCCCUCAGAAAUUUAAAGUCUUGGAUCAGCACCAGGAAGGAGAAGAAAACCAUGGAUUGUUGUCCCAAGGGCUGGGAUUGACAACAGAAUUGGAUACUCUCCUUUUCCUAAAGAGAGACCCAGAAGGCCAUCUUAGUGUGGCUCUUUGCUUUGCUUCAGAGAGAGGAUUAGUCGAUACAGCCCCCGCUUAAUAAAGCAUGGGAUUCCCCCAACUAAGUAGUAAUCUGAGAAGCUGUAUGGAAACUGUUGUAGCUAUUUUGAAUAUGCCUUGAACUCUAGUGGGAGGAGGAGGAGGUGUCAGGGAAGCCUAGCACUGUAGCGUGGGGUUUUUGUCCUGUGCUCUACUGACUGGUAGGAAAUCACAUGACAGCUGCUCUAGAAUGAAGGUAGAGUAGAAAAUGGGAAGGUGACAGAGUUUAUUUAAAUCUCACUUUGGGGGCUUUUUUUCAGUUUUCAUGUGGUGCUUCCUAUACAUCACAGUACUUAAGGCUGCUUUGGCUUUCACGCAGCAAGUGGAACAUAUGAUUGGGAGAGAUGUGCACGGUUUUACUUAGCCUUAUGGAGUUUGAUCCUGACCAGCUCAAGACUGACUUACCUUCCAUCCUUCCGAGGUUACUGCACCUGGCAAUCAUCCACUGUAUGCCAUCUAUCGCAUUCUGCUGCAUUGCCCAAAUGCCCGUGGAGGUUUUGGAAUUCCAGAAUGAUUUGUUCCAAACACCACUUCACUUAUCUGUGUAUUUGGAGCAGUUCGAAGUGGUGAAAGCACUCAUUCUGAAAGGGGUGAACACGGCAUUGCAGGACCGCAAUGGGAAUACUGCUCUGCACUUGGCCUGUGAGCAGCAGAGUCUGGAAUGUGUUGAGCUGUUGCUGCCUCUGAAGAAACCAGUUUCUGAUAUGCAGACUAGAAAAAGUCUACAAGAUCUGCAGCUCCAGAACUGGCAAGGCUUAUCGUGUCUUCACAUCAGCACCUUGAAAGGUAACCUACACUUGAUGGCAUUGCUGGUGCAGAAUGGAGCUGACAUUAAUGUGCAGGAUGGCACAAGUGGAAAGACACCCCUACAUCUGGCAGUGGAGAAUCAUGAUGAGAUGGCUGUGAGGCAACUCCUGCGAUUGGGGGCCCAGGUGGAUUCACAGAUGUACAAUGGCUGCACCCCACUGCACCUGGCUGUGGGCAGGAACGAUGCUGCCAUUGCUGCAAUCCUCUGCCAUUCGGGAGCAGAUACCUUAUUGCGGAAUAUGGAAAAUGAGACAGCUCAAGAUCUGGCAGAUGGCAAUAAUGAUAUCCUUACACUUUUGCCUUUUGAUGACCUGAAGAUCUCCGGAAAGCCUGUGAUGUGCUCCAGCCGAACAUCCUAACAUCUAAAAUGGAAAGUUAACCUUGUGAGGAAGAUAACAUUGCUGCUUGAGGCUGGCAGUGGCACAGCUGGCCACCAAUGGCUAUUCACUCUUUUGUUGUAAUAUGAGCCUUGGGACAACCAUAGCCUUUUUUUGAGACUAUGGAGCCAGUGUGAGAAAGGAAAAUUGCCUUGUAUGUUUUGACUUUAAAUGCUGAAUGAGAAUGUGGAAAUGCUGCCCUCUUUGAAGGGACACAAGGUUUGGAUAAACUGGUCCAAUGCUUGCUCUCCCAGGUUUAUCUAAAUUUGGAGAAAUUCCUUAAGAAUUGCAUUCCAGAUCAUAUUGUGAAUAGAUAUUUCAGAUUUCACUCUUUUUCCUUUUCUGCGGUUGAUAGCCCUAGACUAUGACAGGACAUGUCAGGGGCUCUCUGUCUUGUGUCUACCCAAAUAAUCUCUUUUAAAGGUAUUUUUUCUGCACUAAGUGCAGUUUUUCUACUCCUUUCUUCCCUAGCUAAUUCAGCCUCCACUGUUGCUCAGGCUCCUAGUUGUAGUGUCUAGACACCAAAUUUCCCCACAUCUCCCUUUAGCUCUGACUUUGUCUCCCAUGGAGGCAGGACAGAGUUGUCAGGACCAGAAUGUUGUGUUGUUUCAGCUGGCAGCCUCUGGGAUUGACAAAACAUGAAAACUAAGCUCAUGGGGACAAGUAGAGUUUAAUCACUUUUGCCUUGGAAAAAUUGAUAUUCUCAGGGUGAGAGCAAAGGUCAGUUAUUGAUCUACUCAAUUUGCUAGUACUGCUGUAAAGGGAAGUGCCAACUUCUUAGAUUAUUUAGGUGGCUUUAUGUAGACACUUGACCCUGCACUUUGAAACUGAGUAUAUAGUUAAAUUUAUGGAGUCAUGAGUGGCUGUCAUCCUUCCUUAGAGACUGAAAGUUCCCAUUUUCCUCCUUUCUUUUGAACAUAAGCUGCAAAAGAUAUGUUAAUGAGUGGCAUUUGGGCAUUUUCCCCCCAGCUUUAAUUGAUGGAAGAAGCAUUAUCAUAAAUUGGAAUUGUUUCCCACAUCCUAAAGCUUUGCAUUUAGUUGUCUUCAGUUUAUGACUGGAUACGCUCGCAUCAAGCCAUAGGUGCUUAAGAUUUCCUUUGCAUUUUAAAUAGGCAGGUAUUACUAUCCUGAAAGGACUGCAGAACCACUGUGGGUUGGAAAGCCAUGACCUGUCAAAUCUUAAGCAUUUGUUGGGAGACAGCACUGCCCUUGCUGAUUGUGGCCUCCAAUCUGCUAACACUUUACAUAGAUCAUGCAAAGAAGUAGAGUUUCUAAUAUAUAAACUUUAAUCUGGAGCAGGGAAAUUCCCAGUUCCCUCCCUCCUACUGUUUGCUACAUGGGAGUGGCUGUCUGUAACUGUGGCAAAUCCUGGAUGGCGCAAUGAACUGGGAUGUCCCAGGGAGAGGCUUUUGGUUUUUCCUUUUUUUCCAGAGAAGAAACUAUUUCCAAAAAAGAAAUGGCAGUUUUACAAAAUAUUUUCUACCAAAGAGGUCCUUGAUUUUUAUAUGCUUUUCUAACUUUAGAGCCUUGCUUCUUACUUUUUUUUCCCAGUCAUUUUCUUUUUCACUUUUGUUUUUCAAUGAUAAAAUAAAAGUUCUUAAAGUGAAUAAGUAUCCUGCUUUUAUGUGUUGGUCUCUAGAUGCAUUUGGUUUUUUUUUUUUUUUUUUUCAUUUUUGCUUUCCAGUGACAAAAUAAGGUUCUUAAAGUGAAUAAAUAUCCUGCUUUUAUGUGUUGGUCUAGAUGCAUUUUCUUCAUGUAAUAUAUUCUUUAUCUGGGAAAAAUCUUUCAGCUGGAAUUGCAAGGAAAAGUACAAGUCAGAUUUAAACCCCAGUGUAUGAAGAAUCCCCCGCUAUGAAUUUCAGGGUCAGCUGGACUGGUGAAGAGAAAGUAUUGCAACAGAAAUAAACUGUUUUUUCAAAUAUGGCUCUGUAAGUUGCUUAGAUCUAAGCUAUGCUACCAUCUUGUGGUUGAUUGUAAUGCUAGCUUCCUUUUGUGCUCGUCUCCCAACCACAAGUUGCAAGAUUAUACUAUAAACGCACUUCAGUCAAAAUAUUCUGCUGUCUCAAUGGAUCUCUGCAGCUUUGUAUGAGUAAAACAGACAAAAUUAGAAUGCUUGAGGAAAUUAAAAUCUAGAUCUCUCUGUAAAUGCUAAUGGUUUAGUUCUCUGGUUGAAGCAGCAGUUCAACCUGUACUUAUAGUGAGUAAAUUUAUAUUCAUAGAAAUUAACAUCACUGUGCAUUUUGUGAUCUAAGAGUAAAUGACAGCUUAUACACUGUAUAAGUUCCUUGCCUGACCCAAUGAAAAGAAUUGUGUUCAGGAAUGCCCAAAAGAUAGAUUGGAUUCUACUGAUAAUCUCUAGAUAUUUGGGGAUAAAUUGACAGGGAGCAAAUGCUGGUACAGUGGUUAAGGCAUUAGGCUAGAACCUGGGAGACUGUAAGUUCUAGUCCAGCCUUGGGUACAAAGUCAGCUGGGUGACCUUGAACUGGUCACUUUCAGCUCUAGGAAGGAGCAAACCAUUUCUGAAAAACCUUGCCAAGAAAUCUGCAAGGAUUUGUCCAGGCAGGGACAAAUGUACUUGGGAGAGAUUGUGUUCCUUAACUUAUAAAUUAAGUUAUAACUUGUAGCAUGGGACAGGGCUAUUUGCAGAACCCCUCUCCCUGGUUGUUCCCUUCUUUCCUGUAGGAUCUGAAAAUCAAAGCACGCGCCAAGUUUUCUCAAUUAAACAAGGCCAUCAAAUGGAGUGUAGGAAGCAGGCCAUUUUGGUGUAGCACCUUUCCUUUAAACUCCAUAACCCCCCUCCACCCCAUCCCCCCCACCCUUGCCAAGAUUAGAGUGGCUUCAACCCUGCCAGCCUUUCACAAAGCACUGAACACCUGAAUUUGCUGUAAGGCAGAGUAGAAGUGUUAGACGGCCUGUGAAAUCAGGUGUUAUUGUGAUGUUAAGUGCUUAAUAGGAUCGAUUCUUGGUCACCAGAGUAGAGGUUUCUUGUGUUUUGUUGAUACUGGGGUGAUUUUUUAAUAUUAUUUUAAUGUAUUAUUAUCUAGCAUCUGAUCUGUGAAAAGGGCAGCCAUAUAUAUUGAUUUAAUAAAUUAAUUAAUAUCUUCUUG